AUGGUCUUGGCUACUGCUGCCGCCGUUGCUGGUGUCGGUGCCUUGGGGGCCUAUCUUGAUGGCAAGUACCAGCUCAGAAAGGACAUCUACACGGUCCAUCGGACCAGUCGCAGUGAACGUAUUGCUGUCCGUGCGACGGCCGAAGGUCGGUUAAAUGUGUGGUAUGUCUUCAAGGCCGUCGUCAAACAGUUCCCCGAUGCGCUCUGUAUUUGGUCAAGGACCGGCUCCUAUACCUUCCAGCAGGUUCUCGAUAUUGCCUGCCAGUAUGGCAACUAUUUCCUUUCUAUUGGCGUGAAGCGUGGCCAGCUGGUGGCAUUCUAUCUGCAGAACUCCCCAGAGUUUGUUUUCGCAUGGCUCGGCCUGUGGGCUAUCGGAUGUGGCCCCGCGAUGAUCAACUACAACCUCACGGGAGCUGGGCUUAUUCACUGCCUCAAACUCAGCGAAGCGGAAAUCCUACUUGUGGACGCGGACCCGGAAAUCACAGCGCGGAUUAAUGACCAGAGGACCGAGAUUGAAAAUGAUGUGAAGAUGCAUCCCAUAUUGUUAGAUGAUUCUCUGAAGAGUCACAUCUCCUCGUUCCCGACAACUGUAGCCGACAAAAGCCUUGCUCGCAGCAUGGAGGGUGGCUUCCCAUCCAUGCUUCUCUACACAUCAGGCACAACUGGGUUGCCCAAGGGGUGCGCAUUUACCAUGCUUCGGUUGCAUACGACGAUCUUCCAAAAGCAUCUACGCGAUAAAAAGGGCUAUGGAGGCGACCGGUGGUACGUGUGCAUGCCGAUGUAUCAUGGUACCGCCUCAGUCUGCGUCAUGGCCUGCAUUCUCACUGGUGUGAGCAUUGCGAUAGCCAAGAAGUUCAGUACAAGCAGGUUCUGGAAAGACAUCCAUGACUCCGAAUCGACAUACUUCGUUUACGUUGGAGAAACAGCUAGAUAUCUCCUUGCGGCUCCACCCUCGCCAUUAGAUCGCGGCCACAAACUUCGCUGCAUGUACGGCAACGGUCUGCGACCCGACGUCUGGGAGAAAUUCCAGGAGCGGUUCGGUAUUGCGAACGUUGCAGAGUUCUUCAGUAGCACAGAGGGUCUAUUUGCCCUGAUCAAUUACGACAGUGGUCCCUACCAAUCCCGCUGCGUUGGACACCACGGCGCCAUCCUACGCCGCCUGAUGACGUCUAUGUCCCCGUCGUUAUCGACCCCAUGA